UGGCUGGCUCCUUCGCCACAGUCAUGUGAUUGUAACGUAAAACCCCCUAAACCGGAAAACAACCGACGACCCUCUCCGCCGCCGCUACAAAGCUGCUGGGAGCCCGGAGAGGACGGACGGACGGCGCAGAGCAGGAGUCCCCCACCCCGGUGACAAACAGACGGUGGCGGCGGCACGGCAACGACGAUUCAGACAGACGGCGAGUGCUAAGGUUGAAUAAUGGAGUUGGCCAACCACGGUCUUAUCCUGCUGCAGCAGCUCAACGCUCAGAGGGAGUUUGGCUUCCUGUGUGACUGCACGGUGGCUAUAGGAGACGUCUUCUUCAAAGCCCACAAGGCCGUGCUCGCCGCCUUCUCCAACUACUUCAGAAUGCUCUUCAUUCACCAGGACAGCGACUGCGUGCGUCUGAAGGCGGCCGACAUCCAGCCUGACAUUUUCAGCUACCUUCUCAACCUGAUGUACACUGGCAAGCUGGCCCCCCAGCUCAUCGACCCCACUCGGCUGGAGCAAGGGGUGCGCUUCCUCCACGCCUACCCUCUCCUGCAGGAGGCCAGCCAGUCAGCGUACUCCCAUCCGGAGCAGAGCCUCAACCUCUCCACCUCCCUCUACGGCAUCCAGAUCGCCGACCAGCAGGCGGCGCUGUCGGCGAGGAGGACGCUCUCCUCACCCGUCGACAUGGAGCAGCUCCCCGCGGCCGCCACAGCUCCGUCCAAGCUCUCCCCGCCAGAAGCGGAGGCCUCCACCAGCGGCGCGCAGCCUGCCACUGAAGAGGGGGCGGGGUCAGACAUGCUGACAAGCGCUGAUGUGGCCUCCGCCAACGCCAUCCUGCACGUGAAGCCCAGCAUCAUGAAGAGGACCUCCUCCUUCAGGAAGCACUACUCCUGCCACCUAUGCAGGAGUCGCUUCAACCAGAGGAGCCUGCUCAGGGAGCACCUCCUGCAGCACACCCAAGCGCUGGCACAAAGCUCAGGGGAGCUCAGCAGCGCCCCCUCCCCCCUAAUGCCUGCUGACCAGACCAUGCUGGAAGGAAGCAAAGCCAGCACCUCCGUGGAGAUCAUCAGCGACAGCGAGCAAACGCCGGCUUCGGGCAACAACUCCGACUCCCCCCGGGCUGAGGUGUCCACCUCCGGGUGGGGGAUGGGCGGUUUAAACUCCCAGGCGGACACGCCGCCCCCGUCGGACAUUGCGGACAUCGACAACCUGGAGACCGCCGACCUGGACCGUGAGCUGAAGCGGCGGAAAUACGAGUGCUGCACUUGCGGCCGUAAGUUCAUCCAAAAGAGCCACUGGCGAGAGCACAUGUACAUCCACACGGGCAAGCCCUUCAAGUGCAGCGCCUGCGGCAAGAGCUUCUGCCGCGCCAACCAGGCCGCCCGCCACGUGUGCCUCAAUCAGGGUGCCGACGCCUACACACUGGUGGACCGGCAGAGCAUGGAACUGUGUGCGGCGGGCGACGACAGCAGCCAGAUGGAGGCCAUGUUCCUGGCCUCCUCCAAGCCCUACAAGUGUAACAUCUGCGCCACCACCUUCUCCAGUCCCAACGAGGUCAUCAAGCACCUUUGCUUCACCCAGGGGGGCUUGGCGGGGCUGCAGGGGAAUGCCACCGCGGGAAUGCUGGUGCAGCACGAGGAGGUUUCCAAAGACGACGGAUCCGAUUUGUCCAACUCGGGCACGCCGCUCGACGCCAUCAAAGUGGAGGACGUGCUGGUGGAGUAGCGGCGCCACGUUUCCCAAAAUGAUCUUUCAUGGGUAAGCUAACAGACGUCAGUCAGGGCCUUUGUCAGCCCGUCGCGUUCACAGGGACGCCACCGCCAUCUGGCCUCACCUCGCAGGGAGGGGUCUUUUACUCUCAAACAGGAAGCGAGAGGCCCGACUUAGAGAUGUUUGACUGCACACAACUCAAGCAUGCUUUGGCUGCAGGGAGACGAACGGGGACAAAACGCCUGAGACAAUCUGGCUCUUGCUGUCUUCCUUUUGACUUCAGAUGAGUUUUUUCCAUCGACUUUAAUGUAAGCUGCAACUUCUCUUUGGUUGUUGGUGUCCGUGUCUGUCCACCACUGGAAAAGCACACUUACUUUGACAGUAUCUUGCUUUGGUCCCCUCUAAACUAAUGGAAGCCCGUUUCCCCCCCACGGAAAGAAAAACACUAAUCGUGAGAUAAAAAGGCCAAGUUAUAGGCUAAGAAAGUCAAAUAAUGGGGUCAAAGGUGGAACUGAUGUGAUAGGAAAGUCAUCAUGAGAUAAAAAGUUGAAUAUAGGAGACAAACUGCACAUCGUCACACGGGACACAUUUUCAUUUUUAAUCUCAUGAUUAUGACUUCUUAUCCUAUUUCAACCUUUUAUCUCAUGAUUACUACUUGAUUAUCAUGAUUUGAAAUUACAGGUCAUAAUUGUUAUCUCAUAAUUGACUUUUUAUUAGCUCAUUUCCACCAUUUUGACUUAGCAUUGGCAUUGCUCAGUGGCGGAAACAGGCGUCCAUAUAAGUGUGCCAUUUUUCACUAUUAUUUGAUACUCCAUCCCCACACAGAUUUUAUCUUUUUGAAUAUCAACUUGAAUGCACCCCCUAAAUAUUUUUCAGGCUAGUUUUUGAAAAAUUUACAAAGAACCUAUGAAGAGAAAAUGUAGCUUUUAUGUGUAGAUUUCCAUGAGGGAUGGCCAAGAUAGACCAUUACCAUAACUUAGAUAUUUUAACGCCCUGCUAGGAAUAAUCAAUAGAGUUGUCAUUACAUAGAAUCCAUCUCGCUAUAAUAUUGUAGUAAGAUACAAUUCCUUAUAUCGUCCCAAAGAAAAGCAUGCAUCUCCAGAUUUUAUAAAAACAAACUAUUUUUAAAUGCCCCCCCCAAAAAAAAAAAUCAUGUCAUGUUUUUUUAUGUGGGGAAAAAAGGUCUCAAAAUGUGGAGGUGCGUGCUGUUAAAUAAAGUGAAAUGAUUUAGUUUAAUAUGCCCCCGCCCCCGCUCCUCCAUAGAGGCACGGAGUAAACAUUAAAAGCCGUGGUUGUUAUGGCAGUAUACCGCUAGAUGGCGCCGCUGAGAGGUCCAGCACUCUGACCAGUCAUCAAAAACAUCCUCCAGUCAUCGUGUGCGUGUGCGUGCGUGCGUGUGUGUGCAAGACAAGUGGCUAUCUCAGGAAGUUGAGAAGUUUGACACCGUCCUGUCUGUCCUUCACCUUGUUUAUGACAUGAGGACUAGUCCAUCCCAUAAUACUUGAGUUAACACAUGAUGUCCCCGCCACCCUACUGUGAUCAAUGUGCUCUCAGGAAUGUCAGUCUUUUUAUUUUUCUCUAUCAACUACUUUUUUAAAGUGAAGAGCAAACAAAUAAAAUGUGUCUUUUGAUAA